AUGUCAACAAAAGGUCCAACUAUAGCUCCUAGAUCUGCUCCUUCCCCUAUAGCUAUAGCCGGAGGAUCACCACCUUCAUCAGGCUCAACUCCAAGAUGUAUGGCAAGUCCACACAAUCCACAGUCUCCACCUGAUACAGCAGUUACAACAGCUACAGCUUUAAGUACACCCAAAAAUGUAACUACUAUAAUGACAUCAAAAGAAUGGGUAUUACCACCAAGACCUAAACCAGGUAGAAAACCAAGUGUAGAUACACCAGCAUCAAAAAGAAAAGCACAAAAUAGAGCUGCUCAAAGAGCAUUUAGAGAACGUAGAGCAACUAGAGUUCAAGAAUUGGAACAAAAAUUAAUGGAAGUUGAGAAAGAAAAAGAUAUAAAAGAAAUGGCAUUAGUCAAUACUAUAAAUAAAUUAAAAUUAGAAAAUCAAUUUUUACAAAAAGGUUUGGAACAACUAAGAAUGGAAAUGAGUCAAUUAAAACAACAAAAUGCUCAAAAAACUAACUCAACUAAUAAUUCAACAGGGCCAACUAUAAACAAAUCACAAUCUAGAAAUAGUGUAAAUAAUAAUCAACCAUCACCUAUAAAUCAUAAUUCAAUUUCACCUGCUGGUUCAUCAUAUUCAUUACAACAAAUUUCACCUGCUCCUUCUGCUGAUCUGCCGCAAAAUUCAUUUGCAAGUUAUAGACCACCAUCAAGUAAUACAUUAACACCAAUUUCAAAUAAUACAACCCCAGGUAAAGUAAAUAAUAUAACUGCUCAAGAUGCUGCAAAUUUCGAUUGUGGUGUUUGUCUUAAAGAUAAUUGUUUAUGUGAAUCAGUUGGAUUAAAAGAACCAAGUAAACCAGAUGAUAAUGAAAUACUUGAUUUAUCUACAUUUAAACCACAACCAGCAGUAUCACUAAACAAGAAAAGGAAAAGAAAAUUAAAAGUUAUAAAUGAAGAAGAUGAUCAAGAGAUAGAUUUCACCAAGAAAUUUUCAACUAAAACUAAACCAAUGCCAGAUUUAAAGAAAUUAAAAUCAGUAGAUAACAAACAACAACAUUCAGCUAAUAAUGAUAUAUUCAAUGAAGAUUCACCUAUGGAAAAUUGUGGAUUUUGUUCCGAUGAUACGCCAUGUGUUUGUAGAGAAGCAGCAAAAGAAGCAGCAAGAAUAAAUGAAUCAUUAAAUAAAGAAAUGAUACAUGAUCAACAACACAAUGAUAGUUUUGAUGAUGAUAAUAAGACAUUACCACCUAUAAUUCAAUUCAAUUCAAAUAAUAAUCAAAUUAAUGAAAGAAAAUCAUCAUUACCGGUGAUGCAUCCAGGUCCAUCGGUAGAAAUACGAGAAAUUACAAAUUUAUCAAACACAGUUCCAGUAACUGAAGAACCUUCAACAGAAGAUAAUUCAGGAUGUACUGGAAAUCCAGGUACAUGUAGACAAUGUCAAAUGGAUCCAAUGUCAACAUUAUUUUGUACUACUGUUGCUUCCAAAUCUGUUCAAAUUGAAGUAUCUCCAAUGAGACAAUCAUUAUCAAGAACAAAUUCAAAAGUUUCACUACCUAUAAAUUCAUUAAAUAAUCCUCAAAGUCCAGUGCCUCCUCCAUUAUUAGCUACAAAUAGUAGUAAUAAUGUAAAUAAUCAACAACAACAACAACAACCAUCAACUCCAAAUACUAAUGGUGGUCCAUCUACUCCAUCAAAUAAUCAAAGUGCAAAAGAUUCAAAUGGAAUUUUUAUACCUUGUGCUGAUGCUUAUAAAACUUUAUCACGUCAUAAACAAUUUAAUUCUGUUGAUUUUAGUACUUUAGUUGGUAAAUUAACUACUAGAGGUAUGCAAGUUGAAGUUCAAUCAGUUGCAAAUGUUUUACGAGAAUUAGAUAGAAAAAUAUAUAAUUAA